CAGAGUCCCAGAGGACUCUUGUAAAAAUGGCGACGGUGAGGCACAGAGGAGUGAAGCCUGGACGCGUUACCGUUAUUAAACACCUCCGCUGGUCCAGACACCAGUAAGAACCGACACAAGCAGCGGGAUAGCACGUUAAUCGACUCGUUUGUCGGCAGCAGCGAGCUGUGUGGUGCUGCGUGCCGUCGCUGUUCGCCGGUUCGCUUGUUGUUUUCGGUUAGAGACUGUUGCCUCGGAUAGCUUCAUUAGCUUCAAGUUGGAAAGCUAGCCCAGAGCUAACUAGCUGUGUAGCUCCACCGGGCUGCUGGGAGCUCUCUGUCUCUUCAUGGGAUUCAUAGAGUGACCAGUGUGAUCACUGGACUGCAUGUACAUUGUUAAAGGUUUCAUUUCAACGGAGGCCAUGAGUCGCUUGGAUUAAAGAUCGCUUUAGGAGGCAUACCGACGGUCUGGCAUUGCGACACACUGCUCUCUCGGUGUAGUGAGUUUUUGCCGUCAUGUAUUUUCUAACCGGCUGGCCCCGGAGGCUGCUCUGUCCGCUGAGGAGUGAAGAGGAGCCCUUCCACAUCCAGCCCAGCUCCCAGAGGUUCUACUUCGCCGUGCUGUCAGAGACACAGCUCAGCAUCUGGUUCAGUCGGCCCAGUGUUUUGAUAGUCAGCUAUAUCGAGUCUGCAAAGGCGGCUGCCCAGUUCGGCUUCUACCAGAAGGCAGAAUGGAAACCAGACGACUCCAUGAUCGCUGUGGCGACUGCCAAAGGCUACAUCCUCUUGUUUGAUGUGCUGGGUGGAGGCGACGACAAAUCCCUCUAUGAGCCCGUCUAUCCAAAAGGAAGUCCUCGCGUGAAGGUUACCCCGGGUUAUAAGGAGGAGCAAUGUGCCCCCGCUUUGUCUCUAGAGAUGAAGAAGCCCGUGGAUCUGGAGGCCCCCAUCACCAGUCUGCAGUCCCUCCAGGAGGACUUACUGGUGUGCACCGCAGACGGCUACCUCCAUGUGCUGCACUGGGACGGGCUAGGCAGCAACGGACGCAAGGCCAUCUGCCUCACUACGAUCCCCUUCUCGCUAGACCUGCAGUCUGCUCGAGGUGGUCCCUCUCUGGACCUGGAGGGAGUGUAUAUCCGUUGUAUGGAGUAUUGUGUGACCCUGGACGGCUUCGCUGUGGUGCUGAGUGACGGACGCCUGGGCUUCAUCACGCCGCUCAGCAACACCAUCACCGCAGAUCAGCUGCAGGGCGUCUGGGCAGCAGAUGUGACUGAUGGCACCUGUGUGGCUGUCAACAACAAGUACAGACUGAUGGCCUUUGGCUGUGCCAGCGGCUCGGUGCUGGUGUACAUGAUAGACACCACGACAGGAUCCAUGCAGCUCUCCCACAAACUGGAGCUCACCCCGAAACACUACCCAGACAUCUACAACAAGACGGGCCCAGUCAAGCUGAUCCGCUGGUCACCUGACUACAGCGUUGCCAUGGUUACAUGGGAGUGCGGUGGCCUAUCACUGUGGAGUGUCUUUGGAGCUCACCUCAUCUGCACUCUGGGAGAGGACUUUGCGUAUCGUUCUGAUGGUACCAAGAAGGACCCCAUUAAAAUCAGCUCUAUGAGCUGGGGAGCAGAGGGUUACCACCUAUGGGUGCUCCCUUACAAACCGGAGAGGAGAAGGCAGGAGGAGCAGCAGCAGCAGCAGCAGCAGCAGGAGGAGGAAGAGGAGGAGGAGAUGGUCCCACCUCCUCACCCCUCCCUGCAGGCCGGCAUACUGCAGUUCCACUUCAUCAAGAGCGCCCUGACAGUCAACCCCUGCACGAGUAACCAGGAGCAGGUGUUGCUCCACGGUGAAGACCGCCUCUACCUGACCUGCGGUGACCCAUCGCAGGUCAACAGCACCUCCGACACACACCCGCACACACACUUGCACCCGCACGACGGCAGCAGCCCGCUGCACCACCCCCCCAACCCCGACUCCUCUCUCUCUCAGGGACUCAGCACUUUACUGGGACACAAGCACUGGCACGUGGUCCAGAUUCACAGCACAUACCUUGAGAGCAACUGGCCUAUACGGUUUGCAGCCAUAGACACAGCAGGCCAGUGCAUGGCUGUAGCAGGGAGGCGGGGCUUUGCACACUACUCCUUAUUCACAAGGAAAUGGAAGCUGUUUGGAAACAUCACUCAGGAGCAGAACAUGACGGUGACGGGAGGUCUGGCCUGGUGGAAGGACUUUGUGGUGGUGGCCUGUUACAAUUUUAUAGACCAGCAGGAGCAGUUGAGGCUCUAUCAACGCUCCUCCAACCUAGACAACGCCUUCGCAUCCGUCACUAAGCUGCACUCAGACACUCUGCUGCUUAACGUCUUCAGAGAUAUGAUCAUCCUGUUCAGAGCCGACUGCUCCAUCUGCCUCUAUAGCAUAGAGAGGAGGAAUGACAGUCCGCACCCGACAGCCAGCGUGGAGUUGUUGCAGGAGGUGUCAAUGUCUCGCUACAUCCCUCACCCCGCUCUCGUGGUCUCCGUCACACUCACCUCUGUGCGCACAGAGACUGGCAUCACAUUGAAAGCCCCGCAGCAGGCCUGCAUGGCAGAGAGCAUCAUGUUGAAUCUGGCUGGCCAGUUGAUCAUGCUGCAGAGGGACCGGUCAGGACCGCAGGUACGAGAGAAGGAGACGCCCGCCAACAACAAGAAGCUGCUACCAUUCUGUCCUCCGGUGGUGCUGGCCCAGUGUGUGGAGAAUGUGUGGACAACCUCUCGCUCCAACAGGAAGAAACGCCACCUGCUGGAGGCCUUGUGGCUGUCCUGCGGCGAGGCGGGCAUGAAAGUCUGGCUGCCGCUGUUUCCCCGAGACCAUCGCAAGCCCCACUCCUUCCUCUCCAGACGCAUCAUGCUGCCUUUCCACAUCAACAUCUACCCUCUGGCCGUGCUGUUCGAGGACGCCCUGGUGCUGGGGGCGUCCAACGAGACCGUGCUCUACGACGGGCUGCAGGGAUCCUCCGAGCCGCUGGAGGCGCUGUUCCCCUACUGCACCGUAGAGAGGACCUCCCAGAUCUACCUCCAUCACAUCCUGAGGCAGCUGCUGGUUCGCAACCUGGGUGAACAGGCUCUGAUGCUGGCUCAGUCGUGUGCCUCCCUGCCCUACUUCCCCCAUGUCAUGGAGCUGAUGGUGCACGUCGUGCUGGAAGAAGAGGCGACGUCGCGGGAGCCCAUCCCCGACCCUCUGCUGCCCACCGUGGCCAAGUUCAUCACCGAGUUCCCCCUCUUCCUCCAGACCAUCGUCCACUGCGCCAGGAAGACGGAGUACGCCCUGUGGAACUACCUGUUUGCCGCUGUGGGAAACCCCAAAGAUCUGUUUGAGGAGUGUCUCAUGGCUCAAGACCUGGACACAGCAGCCUCCUAUCUCAUUAUACUGCAGAACAUGGAGGUUCCAGCAGUGAGCAGACAACACGCCACGCUACUCUUCAACACGGCGCUCGAGCAGGGCAAGUGGGACCUCUGCCGGCACAUGAUCCGAUUCCUCAAAGCCAUCGGCUCUGGGGAGAUGGACACUCCGCCCCCAACACCCACCACUCAGGAACCCACCUCAACUGGCGGCUUUGAGUUCUUCAGAAAUCGCAGCAUCAGUUUGUCGCAGUCGGCAGACACCAUCGCUACGGGCAAGUUCAACCUGCAGAAAACCUUCAGUAUGCCCACUGGAACCUCUAAGGGUCGGGAUGGGGAGUGCGCAGAGAACAUGUAUAUUGACAUGAUGCUCUGGCGCCACGCCCGCCACCUCCUGGAGCAGGUCCGCCUUCGCGACCUGGGUUGCUUCUCCGCACAGCUGGGCUUCGAACUCAUCGGCUGGCUGUGUCGCGAACGAAACCGCGUGGCCCGCGUCGAGGAUUUUGUUUCUGCGUUGAAGAGACUCCAUAAGGACUUUCUCUGGCCCUUCCCCGUUAUUCCCGUGGGAAGCAUCAGCUCGCCGCUGAAGAACGGACGGUGUCGCACAGUGCUGGGUACGCGGCUGUUGAAAUCGCAGUCAGCUGACAGCCUGCUGAACAGCGACAUGGACACGGCGCCCCCUCAGGCAGCUUCCGCAACUAACCUCACCUGGCUGGACGGGCUCGGCCAGAGGCCCAAAGACAUGGACACGGCCUCGUCUGCUCACUCCACCCAACACUCACCACAGACACACGAUGCGUUCCUGUCCCUGCUCACCAACAAAGUGGAAGAGUACAGCGUCGGCUCGGCCACAGACUUGACGGAGACCAGCUCGGUGGUGGACGGUGAUUGGACGAUGGUCGAUGAGAACUCCUCCACUCUGAGCCUGAGCCAGGCCGAGCUGGAGCACAUCUCCAUGGAGCUGGCCAACAAAGGCCCGCACAAGUCCCAGGUGCAGCUCAGGUAUCUCCUCCAUGUGUUCAUGGAGGCGGGCUGUCUGGAGUGGUGUGUCGUGAUUGGUUUGAUCCUGCGGGACGCCAACGUCAUAAAGCAGGUGAUCGGCUUCCUGGACAGCCCCGAGGUUCCCCAAGAGACUGUGCAGAGUGUUCGAAACGGCUUACUGGCUGUCGACACAUGGGUCUCCACUGACUGCCAGGGUUACAAACCAUUUCUCAACCUGAUCCAGCCGCAGCUACAGGAGCUGAUGGAUUCGGCGGCCGAGCAGGUGCAGCCGGAGGCCUUCCAGCCCACCAGCCAGAGCUCCAAGCUCGGCGGCCCUGAAGGGCUGGGAGGUGCCGCGGUACCGCGGGCGGAGGACAGUAGAGGAGCGGCGGCUCCGCUCGGCCUGGCCCUGCCCUCCCUCGAACCUGCGGGAGGUUUCCCCCGUCCCCCCUCUGAGGACUGUCCUCCUGAACAGACAGAGGAGCAGGGAGACGAGGAGGGAGCCUACGACUGCACCUUGUCCUGAAGUCUGGAGCCUCCUCCGGACUCAAACCUGUGAACUCGAGGGAAAGAGAGGAGGCAGCAGUGACUGACUGGAAAUAUACUUUAUUUUUGUGUGUACGUGAGUGUGUGCGUGUAUGUGUGUGUGUAUGUGUGUGUGUGCAUAGAAAGUACCUCUACUGCAGGUUCUUACUUCAGUCAGUAUUAUCCACUCUUCAGAUUUGCCCUUUGUGUGGACCCUGUGGAUACGGAGCUACCGACAGAGCGACAGACAGCCCGACUGACACAUGAAGACACACACAACCAGUGACAGGGUUCAGUGUGAUGGUUCCUCUCUAACAGGCAUCAUUCUACCAAAAUGUGCUGUUAGACAAAAGCCCACCUAUAUGUCAGUUUGUGCAUUUCUACAUCAGGUUGUGGUGUUUGGAAGCUGUAGAACAGCACAUGGAAAGCUUUGUUUCUAUUCCAAGACAGAUGUUUCGUGUGCGUAACUUUUUGUUUGGCACCUCGUUCAAGCGCAACUGGAGACUUUGAAAUGUGUUUUUUUUUUUUUUUUUUUCACUGUCCAGACAAAAACCUCCAUUGUUUCCUUUUUGGUUUAAUGCAAGAAUCGGUUCAAAGACGAGAGUGUAUGUGCAUCAGCAUCACGCUACAUUGCUAAGCAAAAUGUAGAACAAAGCUAUCUAAGUCACGAACCAUUUACAGGAUGCACUGAAGUGUGUCUGAGCCUACAGUGCAGUGUGCAGAGGUCUUUCAUACUUUCAUACCUCAUAUGAUUUAAAAAUAUUUUGUGAUACCUUUUUCAAUAAUGUACGUGUACAAGAUAACAUUAUUUUUCUAUCAAUUACACCUUGUCCCCUUGAGUCUCCUUGUAAAAAAAAAACACAAAAAAAUGGUAUGAAUUCUAUGUAAUUCUUGAGAACGACCUUAAGAUUUCUAAGAAAACGAUCUCUGAGAAGAAUCCACUGUUGCGAGUGCAGACUAGUUUCUUACCACUGAUCAACAGUACCUCUGUUCAUGUAUUUUUCUUUCAUGCAGCAACGCCCCGACUUUGCUGAAGGGGAGUCUGAGCCAGAAUCAGCCCGUCUGAUCUUCUUCAUGUGGUCCAGAUUUUAGACAACAAGCAGAUCAGUGUUAAGCCUUCGCCGAGGUGAGCAGAUUUAAGGCCGUGCCGUAGUGCAGUGUAGGCGCUAUAAAAACCAAAUCAUAUGAUGCUUUAUCCAGCUUUUUAAAACACACACAUUUGGGUUCCAGGCUCCAUCCGGGAGAUUCUAAAUGUGUUUCCCAUCAUCAGCGAGGCAGAUUGUUAAUAAUACUCUGUAGAUUUUGUACCUAUCACUUGUUGAAAGAGCAUCAUUUGAUUCCAUCAUCAGUAGUGUUAACAGUGACCCGUCGGUAUCAUUUUUAAAGUGAGGAUGAGAUUGAUUUUGUCGUUGUAUUUGGCUGUGUAAUAAGAAGAUAUGUAAUUUGACCCUCAUCUUCUGAUGAGGACCUAAUAUUUCGUCCAAUAAGCAUAUCACAUCCCUGAACCUCUUGAGGCCGAUUUUGUGUGCUUCUGUGUGGAUUUCUGAACGCGCAUACCACAUCGUAUUGAGAACGUGUCGACAUGUUUGGUGACUUUCAUCACAUGCAUAUUGAUUUUUAUAGUAUUAGUCCUCAUUAUUAUUAUUAUUUAUUGGCAAUUAUAGCUGAGUGGUAAUUACUGAAUUGAUGCUCAAUUGUAUUUUAUGACUGAUAAACUUUCCCCCUCCCCCUUUAGUUAAUCAAAGUCGUGUAUUGGCUCUCUACCGCAAGCACUAAAAGGUUCAUCACACAUUAUGUCAGUAUUAUAUUGUGCAAUGUAUUGAAAUGUUACUCAGCUUUAUUUUUUUAAUGUUCACUACUUCUUUUUCCCCCAGCUUUUACUUGUCAUGAUAGACCAAAUCAUAUUUUAUAGAUUUGCUCUCUUGUCGGUGUGAACGAGACGAGCCGGUGUGUGGUUAUCUGUUUAAAAAAAACUGUUGAAAUUUAGAUUCUUCUGUUUUUAUGAAUUGCCUGUAUUGUAAGAACACUCACUAUUCACGAAAAAGGGCAAAAUGAUGUACUGUCGUCACUCAACAUAAAUCUCGUUCCAGUGGGCCCCGUGUCCACUCUGAACAAAGCCUACAGCCACACUCCGCUGCUCCGCUGUAAGCUUUACUUGACUUGAAAAAUGGUAACAUGACGAACCAAAGACUUUACGUCCAGAGGCCUUCUGUUUUAACCGGUUGCUUUGAUCGAGUGCUUGACUCAUUAUGCAUGGGGGGGGACAAAAAACACCCUUACCCCAUCCCUCUCAUCAGAAACCUAACCAUCGAUGCUCAAAACUAAUGCUGACGGCAUACGAGACAAUUUCCUACGGAAAUGAAUAUUGCAGAUCUUUUCUGGUUUCCUUCUCUAACGUGUGUCUCGUGGUACUCGGGUGUCACGUUCACUCGGAGGUGGACAUCGCUCCCUCCCUUCCUUCCUCCCUCCCGUGUACAGUUUAAAAGUUUUUCCUGUUUCCUGACUCAGAGUAUAAAGUUUUAUUUCUGGGGGGCGGCAGCAGCAAACAUCCUCAAUGCAGUGUAAAGAUCCUCUCUUGUACAUUUGCCUUUUCUACUCAUGUUUGGUUUUUCUACUUCAUUUUUUUUCCUUGUACAUAAAAGACCAAUAAAUUAUUUUUAAAAAUGGGUUAGUUUGCCUGUAUUUCUAAAUCUGCUGUUUGUAUGUACAUGUUGUAAAUAGGACAAUACAACGUUUUAACGUAAUAAGCAUUUUAAUUGCUGUACAAUUGCUAGUUUAAUUCAAGCUUUUUUGCAUAAUGUAAAAUCAUCCCGUCCAUUCAAUAGAUGGAUACCCUGUAACCAGAUCAAUCCCAAUAAUCCCAAUCACUUCAUUCCAAUUGACAGACAAAUAUGCAAUUUUUAAAAAAGCAAAACAGCAGUUCAAGAGUUAUUUAAAGUGUCAAAUCAAUCACAAAAAAAGAACAAAAUGAUCAGUAUUUAAAAAAAACAA